ACGUUUUUGAACAGUUAUUAAUCAUUUCUGUAGUUGUACAAUGAGCUAUUUUUAUUAAACUGUUUUUACUGAAAAAAUUCCAAUUCUUUUGUUUUUAUCAUUGUUUUGAGCACAAGUCAUGGGCAAGCAAAAUAGUAAAUUGAAGCCAGAAGACAUUCGUGACCUCAGGGCUGCUACUGAGUUUAAUGAACAUGAACUUCAAGAAUGGUAUAAAGGAUUUAUUAAGGAUUGUCCUUCCGGAAACUUAACUAUGGACGAGUUCCAGAAGAUCUACGCAAACUUCUUCCCACAAGGAGACGCCUCAAAGUUUGCAGCUCAUGUCUUCAGAACGUUUGACUCAAACGGCGACAGUACAAUCGAUUUUCGGGAGUUUAUUGUUGCGCUGAGUGUCACUUCACGUGGAAAUUUAGAGGAAAAAUUAAAAUGGGCGUUCUCGAUGUACGACUGCGAUGGGAACGGGAUUAUUUCAAGAGAUGAAAUGCUGGAGAUAGUUAGGGCGAUAUACAAGAUGGUAGGAGCAGUGAUGAAAAUGCCUGAAGACGAAUCAACCCCAGAGAAAAGAACCGACAAAAUAUUUAAACAGAUGGAUAAAAACUUAGACGGGAGUAUUUCACUAGAAGAAUUUGUGGAGGGGGCGAAGAAAGAUCCAUCUAUCGUCCGUUUGUUGCAGUGUACCCCUGGCUCUGGUGGACUUGGAAUGUGAAAAGCAAUUUAAGACAUUUUGUUUUAAAAUGCUUUUUAAAAAAAAAAAAGAUUUUUUUUAGAUUUUUGUUUGAUUUUAUCUAACAUCAGGUAGUGAACGUGUAUAGCCAUUUGUGUCGUGCUCAUUAUUAUUAAUUGGAUUCUAUUCCUGUUUCAUGUACGCUUAACCACACACUGGUUGGUACGCCAAUUGCCAUAAAGAUUUUUUGUUAUUUUUCUGGUUAAAACCUAUAAGCUGAAAGCUAUGUCGCAAUUUUUGCUUAUAUUUUACAAAAAAAAAUGAUUUUUUUUCUCAUCUUUUGUUGCUAAUUUUAAGCAUGAAAUAACUGAAAUUGAUGUCAUUCUAUCUUUAUAUCAUAUAUGAGUAGUAAUUGUUAAGCAUAGGAGAACUUGCACAUAACAAAACCUAUCUGAAACAUGGUCAUCAUUUGGACACUCUCCUAUAGUUGAAUUUGGAUUGUAAAUUAGCGUUUCAUUUACACAUGGGCAAAUGACUGAAUGUGCAAGCAACACUUCUUGGAUGUGAACCUUUCCCCAGACUUUCUCCAGACUAAAGUUUUAUUUUGUCACAAUCCAACAGAAUGCCUUAAUUUUGGAAACUGUUUAAAUUAUAGAAAAAAGUUAAAUUUUCAGCAGUUGGCAAACUUACUGGCUGUAUACAAAUUCUGUUUAUCAAUCAAAAUACAAUAUUUGUUACACAGUUUGGAAUAUAUGCUAACAUACUAAUUCUCAAUGAUAACUUUUAAGAUUUGUUAGCCUAAAAAAAGGCUAGAAAUAUGCUUUUUAAUACUCCAAAAAGGCGGUAUGGGUUAAAAAUUGCUUUGUGGGACAGAUUUGAUAAUUCUGCCAUAGUUUGCCCUCUGCUGAAGUAAACCAUUAUCAAGGGUUUUAUUUUUAACCUCAUAACUGCUGCUGCAUGAAAGCAUCAUUCAAAUAGCUGUGUACAUAAAAUUUAGAUUUGUAAAUACUCGCUUUAAGUCUGGGAUGUCUUAGAACAAAUUUUACCGUAGUUCUCCAUUAACAGUUAUUUUUUAUUUAAAAUUUUGGUUGAAAACUUUGAAAUUAAUUUAAAAAUUCUGGAUUUUUUUUGAGUGUUUUAUAUUAAAAAUCGUAAAUAUUUUUAUAAUUGCUUCAGUUUGUACCACAAGCUUUGAAAACUUUUAAAACAUGCUUGUCUAAACACAAAAUUGUCAUUUGCUUUUAUUUAAGAUUAAUUUGAAAAUUAAAAAUGAUGAAAAUUUAUGUUUUUUAAAAACGAAUCUACUAAUUCAAUUUUAACAAAAAUUCCUAACUUUUAUUGCAUAACCUGACAUAAUUUGAAUAACUUUUUGAUGCAUUUACUGUCCAUAUAUUCUAAUAUGUCUGGUGUCUUUGGUGAAACACAGACUACAUAUUGUUCAAUUUGUACUUUACUAUUUGCAACAAAAAUAAAUUGUCACUUUAACAUUAUUCCAAACAACCGCAAUGUAACCUGAAAGACUUGCACACCAUGAAGACGGCAGGCUUUGCACUUACAGAAAUACAAAAAUGCACUAAAAA